UCACAACCGAUUACACGCAGUCCAUUCCCCCUCCUGUUGUGAUUUGUGUGGCACGAGCUGAUUGUGUUGGUGACGUAGAAAUUAACAACGAAUAUUAUGAUCAAGAUUCAUAUCAACAACAGCCGAAAGAAGACUAUAAUCGAAAGAAAGCUAAAGCUUGGUCGACAAUAAGACGCAACUAGUGAAUGUUGAAUAAUCAUAAUCACAGGGGAUAGCUGAUGAUCGUUGAGCCUGCAACGAAACUUCCACCGUUUUAAAUCGAAGAACGGAAGAAAGAAGUCCUGAAGUUUCAAAUAUAACUUCUGUAAACUUGACAAACUAAGCGAAUCGGGAAAGUGUUAGUGGAUUUGCAUUUAAGAGAUACCUAACUGUCUGACGAGUUGAUGAAUCACGUAGAAUGUUUUUUCCUUAAAAGCUAAUGUUUUCUUUGUCAUUGUUUCAAUUUCACACAGUGAUAAAUGAUUACUAUUCAUUGAAGUCCACGAAAUAAGUGCAGAUAAAAAUUAGGACCGAAUCUCUAAUUAUCUGACGUAGCUGGACAUUCAAGAGUGAAAUGGAAGAUGAGUGGGCUCCGAAGAACCUGAAAUUCAGGAUCGUGGGCAUACAGUCCCACAGGAUAAAGCGGAAGACCACUGCUAAGCCGACUUGCAAGCUGCUCUGCCAACGCUCACAAAAAGAAGAUGGCGUCAACGGCGUCACAGAAAAGUCUUUUAGCAAAUACCUGUUCCCAAUGUAUCCUGAACUGGCGCGACAGUUCUACAAGUUCGUGCAUCGCGCGGGCAAGUGCAAGAACAAGCACGUGACGCUCGCCACCUUCCGCCAGCAGUGCGAGCGAAUCCUGGCCAUGCUGGACGACGCCGCCAUCAUCGACACCUACGUCAGGAUGUUCGGCGCAGACACAGACGACAACAUGGUGACACCAGAAGGCUUCCGCAGCCUACUCUUCACCAGUUAUAAGCUGUCCAUGGACCACUACCCCGAAGGCCCGCAGACUUGCCUCAUGAUCAACAAGACUCUGUCGGCGGUGGUGAACGGCUGCUUCAACAAGAAGGACUGCCACAGCGUGGGCUUCGUGGUGCGCUGGCUGGAGGAGCACUGUCACCGCCUCAUCUUCCCCAUACACAGGUACUGCGUGCACAUGCUGGCCACGCGGCACCGCGACAUCGAGGCCGCCAUCGAGUCCAACGGCUCCGGCGCCGGCCUCGACCUCGCCACGCCCGUGCUAGAGCGCGCGUCGCCGCUGAGCCAGCCGACGUCGGCGGUGCUGCCGCUGUCGGUGGCGUGGCUGCUGGCCGCCGCCGCGCCGCCGCUGUACUCCCGGCCCGUGCAGCCGCCGCAGCUGCACUCAGGCGGCACCCUGGCGUCGGCGGCGUGGCUAGCUCGCUUAGUAUGCGCGGUGCCAUCGCACUGGGCGCCUCUAUACUGCUCGCGCGACCACGGGCUCGGCGCCAACCGCUUCCUGCACCACACCACCUCCUACAGAGGCCCGACGCUGGUGGUGUUCGAGGCGGGCGAGCUGACGCUGGUGGUGGCCAGCCCGCAGGAGUGGCACGAGACCCACCAGUACUGGGGCGGGCCCGACUGCGCGCUGCUCCAACUGUUCCCCACGUAAGUAAACAACUAUA